GCCUCCCAAAGUACUGGGAUUACAGGCAUGAACCACCACGCCCGGUCUUCUCCUCUUAAUUUUUAUUUGCCUUUUAUUACUUUCUUUUAUAGUUGCCUAGUUAUUAAAAUAUGCAUCCUUGACAUAUUGCAGUCUUUCUUGCAUCAGUAUUUUUAUCUCUUGAAUAAUACGAACAACUAUAUCUUCAGAUACAUAUACCAUUCCUCCCACCAUUUUUGUUGUUAUCCUAUAUUUUACACCUGUAAAUGUUAUCAACUUCAUAGAACAUGAUAGUUUGAUUUCAACAAUGACAACUGUUAAAAAUUACCUACAUGGUUAUGAUUCGCUCAUGAAAUUCAGGACUUCUAUCAAAAAUUAUUUCUUUUUAGACUGAAGAACUUACUUUUGUUUAUACUGCAAGUCUACUGGAGUUCAGCUGUGUUAGGUUUUUUUUAAAACAUGAAAUGUUAUUUUAAUUUAAUUUUUGAAGAAUUCUUUGGGUAUGGAAAUCUGGAUGAUAGGUUAAAGAUGUCACUCUAGUGUCUUCUGAUUUACAGUUCCUUUUGUUAUAUCAUCUUCAUCAUUAUUGUCACUUCAUUGAAAGUAACCAGUUGUAUAUUUCACAUAUCUGAUUGUUUUUAAUAUUUUCAUACUAUCGUUUGACAGUAAGUUCUUACUAUUGAGUGGAAUGGGGGGGCAGAGAAUGGGGGUGAGGAAUGCAAGUGGAGAUUGAGUUGGAGCUGCUGGUGGCUAAUGGUCUGGGACAAACCUCUAAUAAUCGUAAGCAGCUAAUUCAAUCUUUUUUUUCUAGUGUUUAUAAAUGACUCUAGAUCCAAAUAUACAAAAUACAGUCCAAGUUGAUUCUAACUUCUUAGAGACCCUCAAAUCAACAGUUCCCUGAGGACUAGAAUCUCUCAGGUUGUUGAAGUAGGUGGAACUGAGAGGUACUUGGAGUUCUCAUAUGAGAUGUACCCUGGGACCUAAGAGCCUUGCCGUGAGACUGACAGGUACAAGUCUUCUCAAGGAGACAGCAAGAAGAUGGUGACUGGAGGAGGCAUCAAAGCCCAGCUUCAAGAGGACCCUCUGCUAUUCAUGCUAUGGAGAGUAGCCAGCCAGAAACUGUGGUGAGAACAUGACCCUCAAUUUCUCUUGAAUAACACCUAUUCUCUCCACCUGGGGGCCUGAGAUACCCUGUAUUUUAAUGCUCACCUUCACUUUGGUUCUCCAGGAGAUCAGAAACAGCCUAACUGUUCAGGUGCCAUUUUCUGGAGCUGAGGCAACCACAGAGAGAACCACUGUUGAGCAUGGCCUGUGAAUCACUGUUGUCCCAGGACCUCCAUGCCCUGGGAGAGACAAAACCUGUUGGCUGGGGAAUGGACAUGUCACUAAGUGGCAGAGUCCUCAGUUUUCAGCUUAGGUCAGGGCAGCAGGAGAGGCCGGGAGGAUCUGGUUAAGUUCAUUUAGACCAGAACAUCAUGGAGCUCCCUCAUGCUGGAAGCACAUCCCCUGCUCUCAGGGCAGGCUUGGACCACCACAGUACAUAAUAGAAAGUGUGGCAAAGUGAAAGAGGCAGUUCCUGUUCAUCUCCAGUUAAUCACUGUCAUAAGGAGAGUGCUAGAUCUCCCAAUUUUGAAAGGGUCCCUGCAGGAGGAGCCAGGGUACGAGCUGCAAGUGCAGAAGUCGGUGACGGUGCAGGAGGGUCUGUGCGUCCUCGUGCCCUGCUCCUUCUCUUACCCCUGGACUGUCUGGUACUCCUCUCCCCCACUCUACAUCUACUGGUUCCUGAACGAGAAGAGCCCAUACUAUGAUGAGCCUGUGGCCACAAACAACCCAGACAGAAAAGUGAAGUCAGAGACCCAGGGCCGAUUCCGCCUCCUUGGGGAUGUCAGGAACAAGAACUGCUCCUUGAGCAUCGGAGAUGCCAGAAUGGAGGACACGGGAAUCUAUUCUUUCCGCGUGGAGAGAGGAAGGGAUGUAAAAUAUACCUACAUUCAGAAUAAGCUGAACUUGGAGGUGACAGCCUUGACAGAGAAACCCGACGUCCACUUUCUGGAGCCUCUGGAGUCCGGCCGCCUCACAAGGCUGAGCUGCAGCCUUCCAGGAUCCUGUGGAGUGGGACGACCUCUCACAUUCUCCUGGACGGGGGAUGCCCUCAGCCCCCUGGACCCCGAAACCACCCGCUCCUCGGAGCUCACCCUCACCCCGAGGCCCGAGGACCAUGGCACCAACCUCACCUGUCAGGUGAAACGCCGAGGAGCUCAGGUGACCACGGAGAGAACUGUCCAGCUCAAUGUCUCCUAUGCUCCACAGAACAUCACCAUCUUCAGGAAUGGCACAGCCCUAGAGAUCCUGCAAAACACCUCGACCCUUCUGGUCCCGGAGGGCCAGGCUCUGUGGCUGCUCUGUGAAGCUCCCAGCAACCCCCCUGCACACCUGAGCUGGUUCCAGGCAUCCUCUGCCCCAAACGCCACCCCCAUCUCCAAUACUGGGAUCUUGGCGCUUCCUCGAGUAGAGUUUGCAAAAGAAGGAGUCUUCACCUGCCGUGCUCAGCACCCGCUGGGCUCCCUGCACAUUUUUCUGAAUCUCUCAGUUUACUCCCUCCCACAGCUGCUGGGCCCCUCCUGCUCCUGGGAGGCUGAGAGUCUGCACUGCAGCUGCUCCUUUCGAGCCUGGCCGGCCCCCUCCCUGUGCUGGUGGCUUGGGGAGAAGCCACUGGAGGGGAACAGCAGCCAGGGCUCAUUCAAGGUCAACUCCAGCUCAGCCAGGCCCUGGACCAACAGCUCCCUGAUCCUCCACGGUGGGCUCACCUCUGGCCUCAAAGUCAGCUGCAAGGGCUGGUACAUCCAUGGGUCCCAGAGCAGCUCUGUCUUGCUGCUGCAAGGGAGUUUGAACCUCAGGACAGGCGUGGUUCCUGCAGCCCUUGGUGGUGCUGGUGUCAUGGCCCUGCUCUGUAUCUGUCUGUGCCUCAUCUUCUUUUUAAUAGUGAAAGUUCGCAGGAAGCAAGCAGCUGGGAGUCCAGAACAAAUGGAUGAUGAAGACCCCAUUAUGGGUACCAUCUCCUGGGAUUCCAGGAAGAAGCCCUGGUCAGACAGCCCCGGAGACCAAGCAUCUCCUGCUGGGGAUACCCCUCCCUUGGGAGAACAACAAGAGCUCCAUUAUGCCUCCCUCAGCUUUUCUGAGAUGAAGUCGAGGGAGACUAAGGACCAGGAGGCCCCAAGCACCACGGAGUACUCAGAGGUCAAGACAAGCAAGUGAGGACUGGCCCAGAGCUCAGUCCUGGCCGUAGGAACCACAGCCUGUCUGGGGGGAAGGACAAGUCAGGGACCACUUGCUGAAAAGCAUGAAGAGCCCUUGUGACUAACAUUAACUGAUGUGUAAGUGCUCCAGGCAGAGCAGAAAGAAGAUAAGUGAUGGAAUUGGAGAGGUGGGCUCAAACCUAGGCCCUGGCACUGUCAUCAAGCAAUUCACUGCAUCCCUCUGUGCCUCAGUUUCCCAUUCUGUAAAUCAGAGAUCAUGCGUGUUACCUCAAAGGUUGUUGUGACCAUUAAAGAAAGCAACACAUGGAAAUCAA